AUGGCAGCAGAUGCUUGGUCAAUUACCAUGAAAAAACAUGAAGAUGAGUCCGAUACAUACGAUCCGUCGUCGAUGUCACUUCUAAUUGAAAGAGUUGACCGCAUUGAAAGCCAAGCUUCAAAGUCGGAACAUGUAAUUGAAGACCUACAAAGAAGGUUGGUGAAAGCAGAACAGAGACUUUCACCGCAUCAUGAUAACAACGGUAUUCCUUGGAGACGGAUACUUGCUUGCACCAAGAGCGCAGCCGAUAAAUGUGAGCACGGAGAAUUUAGAGAUCGCGACAUCAAGCCAGAUGAAGAAUACGACCUUCCAAUGGACAUUUACUCUGUUGUUUCAGCUUGGCCACCCAAAAGUCGACCCUUCUUCACCGCCUUGAUGGUCAUUGCAGUUCAGAUUACGCUCCUCCUGCUGUUGCUUACGGAUCAGAUUGGAUCUACAGGAGCUAAUGAACUGGUCGUCGUGCCGGCGAAUGUACCAAGUAUUGUCCAUGCUGCUCAAGCACUUGCUACCAUUAUUGCGAUUAUGGAUCAAGAUGAUCUCAGAAGUGCUAUCGAGGCAUUUUUCGAUGGUCUGCCGACAAGGUUCAAAGGUGACAUUGCUUUCCACGGAAUGAGCAAGAUGCAAUGGAACUUUUCUUGUGCUGUCCGUUUUCUACAAGGGUUCUUGAGCGUGUUUGCCAGUUUUGUUCUUGCUGUUCAGUCUGAGACAGUAUUUGAUGUACUAUUGAACUUUUUGGGAGUCAAGUUUGUAUCUGAGCUUGACGAUCUUGCCUUCAACCUCAGUCUAAUCGGAUAUUUUGGGAGGAAAUGUGAGCGGGCAGCAAAACGUAUUUCAGAAGCACAAUUCCAGCAAGACAACCGAAACAAGGUCGAUGAGACAACGUGGAGUUGCGCUUGGUUCUUCAAGUAUGCUCAUGUAUUCGGAGUCUUUGGAAUUCUAGCAAUGUUGCUCGCACUCUUCUUUUACGUCCUUAUCAGUCAAAAUAGUGGCGCUUUCUCUCCACAAGUUAUUAGGAUGCAAGCUGCCGAUGGCGAAGUUCCCUUCGCCUCGUUGUUCAGGGGCUGUUACAGAGUGAGUCAAGCAGGGACAAGGCACGAGAGACGACUCGAAUACGAGCAGAUGGGUUUUGAGAAGUCUGGAGGGAAGUUUGGUUUUUGUGGUGAUCUUGAAGGGGAACAAGCGUGGACGUUUAUGAUAGGCGAAUUGGCGACUGAUCCUUGUCGUGAUUACAAUGGAAGAAGUGAGCCGACAACCACAUACAGCAUCCUUGAUGGUGCAGGAGGAUCUCAGUGGUUUGCACGAGAAGGCCAACCAUUUGGAAACAUUGAAGUUUCAUCAGUGUUGGGAGCAGCCGUAAAUGCUUGCGGAAGAACUCCAUUUGACCAAAGCGGGGUGAUCAUCUGUGAACAGCUGGAAUUUGACGGGCACAUUGAUGCCGCCCGCCAGCAAGAGUCACGAUCCAAGUUCUUCAACAAAGUCUUUCUGAACAAUUCGGACAGUUCGGUCUAUACAUAUCCAGCUCUGACACACCCGAUAUUCGUUGGCAAUUCUAGCAUUCCCGGCAAAUAUGAUCUCGUCUUGUUCACCGGACAAAGCUGGGUUCUGACGGACCUCAUCGAGUCCAACAUUACUAGAGAACAAAGUGAGCUUUCAAUGCAGGAAUACUUGGACAGUGAUCCAGCAUUCUCUGAAAUCUUAAAAAACAUGAUAUAUACAGGGGCUCAUGUCAACAUUGUUACAAAUUCAGUAAACAACGAAGAUAACCAGUACACACCGCUGGGGAUGCGGUGGUUCCGCAUGCAGGAACAAGAUCCCACUUUACCGUACAACUAUCCAACUGGAGAUCAAUCGCGACCGGUGGAGAUCCAUUUAAGUUGUGCAACAUGCAAUAAUAUUACCAAUCCCUGCUCAUUUGGUGGCAUUUGCUUGGAGGGUGGAGUUUGCGACUGCAUAAAUGGUGGUUCUGGAGCUCUGUGCACUCAUGUUCCAAUUGGAGACGCAGUGUGCCAUCCAUAUUUCAAUUCAGAACAGUUUGGCUGGGACGGUGGCGACUGCUGCGCUGGUUCGUGUAUUGGGCCUCAAUGUGGACUUGGAGGUCUCUCGCGUCCCUUUGAUAUUGAUGGCGAUCAGUCAAGAGAUCUGUUUAGCAUCUUGGGGUAUGAGUUUUGUGAGGACCCUUCCAUGGCGCCUCUGACAAUUGAGUUGCAUAAUUUUAAGGUUCUUCAGAAUGACGAGUAUAAUGCAGUUGCUGGGAACGAGGAGGGCGCCACCUUUUGCAGUACCUCGACUAUCAAUGUUAGAUGUGAUGGCGUCUCAUACUUGCAUUUCCCAGCACACACAUUCAACAACGAAUCUGAUUGUACUUUGUCUUUUACCGAGACCAUUCAGGUUCCUUUUGGGUCCAAGUGUGAGUUAUCGUCGAGCAUAGCUUGCUUUGGUCUAAUUUGCUUGGACCACAACGUCACCGUCUUUUACGGUAGCGAUACCGAGUCCGCGCCAAUUCAAUCAGGAAGCGUGAAGAAUCAAACCAAGAUGUCAUUUGGAGUACCUUCCAAGUGCUUGACGAAGUCGUUGCUUCGCCACAGCUCUACAAUUUUUGAUAUAUCGACGCAUCAAGGGCAGGCAGCAAGGGACCUUUCCAAUGAUGGUAUAUCCGAGUUUAUUUGCAUUGAGCAUAAUAACUUGCUGUUCGAACGGUAUGCAUUGGCAGUAUUAAACGCGUCCCUUCACUUCAAGUCUUCCAACUGGGAUGCAUACCAAUGCCACGGUUGGGGUAUACCCGCUGUGAGGACUGCCUGCUCAAACUGGUCGAUUACAUCUUUGACUCUUGCGGCUGACGCAGGGGAGAUCUCUGGAACUAUCCCUACAGAGAUUAAUCUGCUGACGAAUCUUGAGUUUUUGACACUGAGGCUGAACAGAUUGAUUGGAACAAUUCCGAAGCUGACACUACCGCGGCUCGAAGGGCUUGAAAUUUGGGGGAACCAACUGACUGGAAGCAUACCGACUGAAUUGGCCAACCUUUCUUCGUUGCUUGCGUUGGGAUUGGCAUCCAAUAAACUUACUGGUACCAUACCAACGGAACUGGCAAGAUUGAAGAAUCUAUCUGGUAUCUGGUUUGAUGACAACCUUUUGACAGGACCCAUGCCAUCUGAACUCGGAGCAUUGCCGUUAGCUUCUUUGAAUUUGAUGAAUAAUUCGUUAACAGGGGAGAUUCCACUCGACAUUUUGGCGCUCACGAACUUGACGGUUUGCACCCUUCAGAACAACAAUUUCAGUGGGGGGAUAGCACCUGCCGUCUGCACUGUGUGA